AUGGCCCUCUUCCAUUCGCGUCACAAGUUCAAGGUUCAUUUGGUGCAAAUGUUUUUGGCAGUCGUUAUUAUCGCCCUUUCCGCCGCCCGAAUCUUCCUUUCGGGGCAAAAAACCAGGACUCGAGCUAGUACCAUGGGAUUAGGAAUGGGUGCCAAAUCACUGGUCAUCAUCCUUUACCAGCUCCUGACGGAACACGUUUCUCGCCUCCAGCGAUGGGCGAGCCUAAAAGCAUACCUUAUUCUGAAUGCGCUGGAGAUAGUCUUUUGGGGCGCUGUGGCGUUCCUCGUCUUACAGGCAAAUCUCCAGGUGUGUGUGGGUACAGGUUGUGCCCUGGGAUGGGUGGUGAUCGUGUUAUCCGUAAACAUGAAGUGA